AUGACACCCUCCGAAAAAGCAGACAAGUUGUGUAAGUUCACGCUUGAGAAUGCAAAUGACAUUGUCAGUCAUAGUUCCUCACAGCAAGUAGUACAAUUGUUGUUGCAGAAUCCAACUGUCAGAAUCCAGAAUGUUAACGCGACGAAGCAAAAGCUUGAAAAGAUCCUCAGUGGAGGCCAGGAAGAUUUGCAUUUCAUCAGUGAUUUCGACAUGACCAUGUCUCGUCAUUGGGUGCGGAACAAAGUCACCGACGCUCUCGAGCGCAAUGCUUCCUCGCAUGGUAUUCCCGCUCGGUACUCAAAGAUGAAUCCAGAGUUUAAAGCAGAAACCGCUCGCCUGUUAAACAAGUAUUAUCCUAUUGAGAUUGACAAGGUGAUGUCUUAUGACGACAAGGUUCCUUACAUGGUGGAAUGGUGGCAGCAAGCGCACAAAGUUAUUAUUGAUCAGAAAAUAACGCAUCAAGAUAUCGAUGGCAUGGUAGAAGAGGCUCAACUUCAGAUGCGACCCGGUGUGGAAACCGUGCUGAUGCAUUGCCAUGAUCGAGCCAUUCCUUUCCUUGUGUUCUCGGCGGGUUUAGCGAAUGUGAUCCAACGUAUUCUGGAGCAAGCUCGACUCAUGAUGCCUAAUAUGCAUAUCGUGUCCAAUUUGAUGAAGUUCAAUGAUCAGGGUUAUUGCGAUGGUUUCGAGGACCCUCUGAUCCAUGUUUUCAACAAGUCCGAAUUCCAGCUGGAAAGCACGCCUUAUUACUCAACGAUCAAAGACCGUAAAAAUGUCAUCUUGAUGGGGGACUCAAUCGGUGACUUGCAAAUGAGCCAGGGCGUGAAACAUGACAUUUGUUUGAACGUUGGAUUUCUGAAUCAUGAUAUUGAAGCGUUGACGCCACGCUAUCUCGACGCUUUUGACAUUGUCAUUCUCGGUGACGCCAAUAUGAACCCCAUCAUUGACCUUCUCAACCAUGUAUAA